AUGGCAAAGAAGGCGCGGUCGGGUUCUCGAAGGAAGCGCCAGGGCCGCCGGAGUAGCGACAUAAAUCAAUGCUUAAUCCGACUGAAACGAAUGGUUCCUACAGCCCGCGGCCACACGAAAAUAAAUAAAUUGGAAUUACUGCAGCACGUAAUCGACUACAUACAGGACCUGGAAAUUACGUUGGAGGAAGAUCACCUCAGACUUUCGUCUAUAUCUGGUUCCCCCCAUUCCGCACAGCUGCCAAUAUCACUCUGUUCUUUCCGUGUGGCCAGUCGUCAUGUUUAUGUUGCAUCCUCGUGCCGUUCUACGGAAGAGGUCGAAAUUGGAGGACUAAUUUUGUUGGCACGACUUGCACCAACCGGGCGCAUCGACAGAAGUCUUCAAGUACAGCUCACGCAAGGCGCUGAGAACCACUCUGAACUGCGCCAUUUGUCGGACUGUUUAGCGAAAGAUCUCCGCUGGCCAUGGGCACAGCCUCAGCUACCCUUGGAGCGGAACCUACUUCAACUUGGCAAACGUCUGAUGGGCUCUUGCCUGUAUGAUGAGAGUCUGGGUGGCAUCUCACUGACGCAGGUACGGAACACGGUCCAAUCGAUCGGUGGAGGCCACCUGGAACCCGCCACCCCCGUGUGCAGGUGUGAUCACGAGUGUGGGCGGCCACCUGCACCCGCUGGAGGCGGUGUCGGUGUGGGUUAG